GUCUGAGAAAGUGAAUCUAUCAAUCUAUCAGCCAAGCUUUAACGUGUUGAUCACCUUUUCUUUUAAUGACAGCUCUGUGACCCAGUACGGUAUUACGGUAAUACCACUUCUUACGUGAUAGAGGAACCAACUUUGUUACAGCUGUGUAACUGGGGUUCUUGAUGCCAGUUCCUCUGGGACAAAAGACCCCAGAUGCAGUGGCAGAGGUAUCGUUGCGUCGCUCAAAGACCCUUCAUCUAUCUGUCGCGCUCGACAGGUACAAUGGACACUUACUUACUUGGACGCCACUGUUUUAUGGAGAGCUCUCUGGAAUAUCCCGCCAUCAGAUUCGGUAGCUAAAGGACGCUGUCAGUAGUAUCAGAGCAAUAAUCGUGCCUGCACAGGAACAGUAUUGUGCCGAUCGGUACCGGUAGCUACCGAGCCCAACCCGCGAUAUUGCCUUCCCAACCUGGCAUGGAAAGCUCACAUUUCCACUUGGGUUGCCUUUGAAAACGCUCUUCUCUCGUUGUCUCCUUCAUCGCCAUAGUUCCCCUCGUUGAAAAAUCAACCAAACUCCAUCGGAACCCCCUUCUUCUUCUUCUUCUUCUUCUUCUUCUGCUUGUCUCCUUCGUCACCAUAACAUCAGUCAGCAAUGGGCAAACCAACAAAAGAAUCCGAGUGGAGCGAUGAGCUCGAGUCUGUUUCCAAAGAUGACGACGAGGAAUCCGUCGGCACGGAAACGCAGCGUUCGUCACACGACAUGUCUUCCUCGAGGGAUGAAGAGGAAGAAGUCCGCAAGCAGUCGCAAAAGGAAACGGCCAAGGUCCAGACUUGGAGGAUCCUCGUCUUUUUGGCGCUCUUGGCUACCGCGAUCUCGGUCACGGCCACGACUUAUGCCUUGCUUGUUCGUCAGGAAGACGAAAACUUUCGUAAUGUCUUCUCCCAGUUUGCUCGUACCGUGGCUGAUGCCGCCAUUGACCAGCAGAAGGACCUCCGCACGGCUCUCAAGGGAUUGUCCAACACCAUGUCUCUCACGGCCGACACCAUGAACAAUGGGAACCCUCCUUGGCCCUUCCUCUUCCCUCCCAUGUUUGAGGUCUACGCGCAAGAUUACUUCAAGGUCAGCAAGGCAGAGUUUGUCGGGAUUAGUACCAUUGUCACCCGUGAGCAGCGCGAGGACUGGGUCAACUUUUCCACGGCCAACUACCAACAAGUCAUUCAAGAUGCUCACUACAUUCGCUUUGGCAAUCUCAACAAGCUCGAUAACAAUACCAAAAAGUACAAGCAGUUCAUCAGCAAAAAGACACCGGAUGGAUUUGUCCCCAAUGACGAACGUGACUUGUACUUUGUCCGCUCCGUCCAGUCUCCUCCUCCGCGCAAGUACUCACUCGUCAAUUGGGAUCUCACGUCGAAUCCACAGAUCAAUGCAUCCAUGCGAAGUGCCAUGCGUCUCCGCAAUGAAACCGUUGUCAGCAACAUUCGUCCCUUUCUCGGCUUGGCGGAUGAAGAACAUCAGGGAUUCCACAGUGAUGAGAAUGCGGACAAUCCUCAUUGCUUUGCCUUUCAUCCCGUCUUCCAGUAUGCUGGCGAUCUAAACUCCAAGGUCGUUGCCAUGAUCUCCACCGCCACUGCCUUUGACGCCUCUAUGCGCAAUCUUCUGCCCUCCAAUGUCAAGGGAAUGCUAUGUGUCAUUCAGAACACCUGCAACCAGACAUUUAGCUACAUGAUUGAAGGAAAGGAGGCAUACUAUCAAGGAUUUGAAGACAACCAUGAUCCUUCCUACGAUGACAUGGCGUUGCAGGUACCCUUGACUGUCAUUGCCCAUCCAGAGGUCGUCAACACACCAGGCAAUUGCAUGUAUUCCAUGAAGAUAUACCCUACGAAAGAGUUUGAGAAUGACUAUAAGACAUCAACUCCGUUGAUAUUUGCUGCUGUGGUGGCAGGAACCUUCGUGGCGGUGGCACUCGUCUUCUUCACAUACGACUACUUUGUUCUCAAACGAAAUGAAAUCAUGAUCAGCAACGCGGCUCAAUCCAGCGCCAUUGUCAGUAGCAUUGUACCUGAUCACCUCAAGGACCGUUUGCUCAGUCAUCAGCAGCAAAUCAACGAGCAGAACAAGCAAAACAAGGCAUCCGGGGGGUCUCGAAGGUCUUCAUCGGGCAGUCUCAAAAUGUUUCUCAAUGAUGGAAGCAAACAACUUGGAAUGGACAAUUCCGCCGUGGAGGCACCUUUGGCCGAUCUCUUUUUGGAAACGACAGUGCUGUUUGCCGAUAUCAGCGGAUUUACGGCCUGGAGUUCUGUUCGCGAACCAACACAGGUAUUCGUUUUGCUCGAGACCUUGUUCCAAUCCUUUGACAGGAUAGCCAAGAAACGCCGAGUUUUCAAAGUGGAAACAGUCGGAGAUUGCUAUGUCGCCGUCUGCGGAUUACCUGAUCCUCGACGAGAGCAUGCAGUUGUCAUGGCACGCUUCGCCCAGGACAUUCUCAGCAAGUUCUACACUCUUACCAGGAAGCUCGAGGUGACUUUGGGUCCCGACACUGCUGAUCUUUCCCUAAGGAUUGGCAUUCACAGCGGCCCGGUCACAGCCGGUGUUUUAAGGGGAGAGCGGGCAAGAUUCCAGUUGUUUGGUGAUACAAUGAACACUUGUGCCCGAUUGGAAAGCUCCAGCAAGCCGAACCGAAUCCAGUGCUCCAAGGCAACUGCAGAACAGAUCAUCAAGUCGGGAAAGGGAGCUUGGUUGCAACCACGAUCAGACCCCAUUGCUUUGAAAGGACUAGGUUCAAUUGAAGGCUUCUGGGUCAAUGUUUCUGGUGAACGAGCCGGCAGCGUGGCAUCUUGUCGAUCGAGCCAGGGAUAUGGAUCUCCGAUUGAAAGACCCGGCCUAUUCCCAGAGCUCGAUAAGCGCACGGUGCGACUUAUUGACUGGAAUGUUGAAAUGCUAUCCAGAAUCAUGAUGGAUAUUGCAGCCAAACGAGCAAGCGUGAGCGCGUCUACGACGAAAAAGCAGGGUGCUGUGGCAGCUGAAUUUGGAGAUGCUCCUUUGGAGGAAGUCCGCGAGAUCAUUACUUUGCCUGAGUUCGAUCACCAUGCUUCCCUGCAGAAUCCCGAGGACCAGAAGAUUCCCGUGGAAGUAGUAGAAGAGUUGAGGCUAUUGGUCAGCCACAUUGCUAGCAUGUACAAUGACAAUCCUUUCCACAACUUCAACCAUGCCAGCCACGUUGUGAUGAGCGUGAUCAAGUUGAUGGCCCGAAUUGUGGCACCUUCGCACUUCGAAGACUUGAUCAAUGAAAGCCAGCAGGCAACUGCCUCUUCUCUGCAUGACCACACCUAUGGUAUCACCAGCGACCCUUUGACGCAGUUUGCCUGUGCUUUCUCUGCAUUGAUCCAUGACGUUGAUCAUGUUGGGGUGUCCAACGCUCAGCUGGUCAAGGAAGGAGUCCCCAUUGCCAUCAAGUACAAGGAGCGCAGUGUAGCGGAACAGAACUCGCUGAACCUGAGUUGGGAUUUGCUUAUGCAACCAACCUACAGUGCACUCAGGGACUUUCUCUUUGAGACCCAAGCUGAUUUGAUCCGUUUCCGCCAGCUUGUGGUGAAUUCGGUCAUGUCUACUGACAUUGUGGACACAGAAUUGAAGAAAUUGAGAAAUGACCGAUGGGACAAGGCCUUCAAGAAGGGUGACAGUGCUACCGCUGUGGAUGAGAAUCCAAGGGAUGAAGUGAACAGGAAGGCAACCAUUGUUAUCGAACACAUUAUCCAAGCCAGCGACAUCAGUCACACAAUGCAGCAUUGGCAUGUCUACAGGAGGUGGAAUCAGAACUUGUUUGAAGAGCUUUACGUGGCUUACCUCAAUGGAAGAAUGGAGAAAGAUCCAGCAACUUUCUGGUACAAUGGAGAGAUUGGAUUCUUUGAUUUCUACAUCAUUCCAAUCACAAAGAAGCUGAAGGAGUGUGGAGUCUUUGGUGUCUCCUCGGAUGAGUAUCUGAACUAUGCACUUAAGAACAGAGAGGAAUGGUUUAAGAAGGGUGAAGAUGCUGUGGCCCUCAUGGUUGAGGAAGUCAAGGAGAAGUAUGGGGUCAAGGGAGCACCCAACACUGAUUGUACUACCAGCACUGGUACAAUGCCUUCAAUUUCGGAGUCAGCUCCCAUGGAGCAAGCUCUUCCCGCAGAAAAGAUGGAGAACGAGGUUGACUGUUGAAAGGUGGGGAAGCUGUCAACUCUUGUGCGAGUCCACGGACAAUACUAGUAUCUAAUUAUAGUUUACAUGAUGAUGCAUCUUUCGGAAGCCGUUA